CUCCAGUGUCGCCGCCGCAGCCGCUCCCCUCGUCUUCUUCGUUCGCCAGGGCCCGAACCCCCUCCUGCGCCAUGGAGACCCCCGGCCAGAAGAGGAGCACCCGGAGCGGGGCGGGCUCGACCCCGCUCUCGCCGGCCCGCAUCACCCGCCUGCAGGAGAAGGAGGAUUUGCAGGAGCUGAACGACCGCCUGGCCGUCUACAUAGACAAGGUGCGCUCCCUCGAGUCCGAGAACGCCGGGCUCCGGCUGCGCAUCACCGAGUCCGAGGAGGAGGUGAGCCGCGAGGUCACGGGCAUCAAGUCGGCCUACGAGGCGGAGCUGGCCGACGCCCGCAAGACGCUCGACUCGGUGGCCAAGGAGCGGGCGCGCCUACAGCUGGAGCUGAGCAAAGUCCGCGAGGAGUUCAAGGAGCUCAAGGCCAGGAACACCAAGAAGGAAGGGGAGCUGCUGACCGCUCAAGCCCGCCUGAAGGACGUCGAGGCCUUGCUGAACUCCAAGGAAGCAGCACUCACCACUGCCUUGGGAGAGAAACGCAACUUGGAGAAUGAGCUCCGUGAUCUGCGGGGGCAAGUGGCCAAGCUGGAAGCUGCUUUGGCUGAGGCCAAGAAGCAACUUCAGGACGAGAUGCUGCGACGGGUGGAUGCGGAGAACAGACUGCAGACCCUGAGGGAGGAGCUCGAGUUCCAGAAGAACAUCUAUGGCGAGGAGCUUCGCGAGAGCAAACGCCGCCACGAGACCCGCCUGGUGGAGAUCGACAACGGGCGCCAGCGGGAGUUCGAGAGCAAGCUGGCCGAUGCCCUGCAUGACCUGAGGGCACAGCACGAAAUGCAAAUCAAGCUGUACAAGGAAGAGCUGGAGAAGACUUACGGCUCCAAGCUGGAAAACGCCAAGCAGUCAGCCGAGCGGAACAACAGCAUGGCAGGGGCAGCCCACGAAGAGUUGCAGCAGACUCGCAUCCGCAUCGACAGCCUGUCGUCUCAGCUGAGCCAGCUGCAGAAGCAGCUCUCCGCCAAGGAAGCGAAGCUGCGUGACCUGGAGGAUGCUCUUGCCCGGGAGCGUGACACCAGCCGCCGCAUCCUGUCCGAAAAAGAGCGGGAGAUGGCAGACAUGCGGGCCCGCAUGCAGCAGCAGCUGGAUGAGUACCAGGAGCUGCUGGACAUCAAGCUAGCCCUGGACAUGGAGAUCAACGCCUACCGCAAGCUCCUGGAGGGAGAGGAGGAGAGGCUGCGUCUCUCCCCCAGCCCCACCUCCCAGAAGGGGGGCACCAGGACACGCAUCUCCCACUCUUCUAUGCAAAGCUCUUCCAAGAAGCGGAAGCUCGAGGAUGGAGAGGGCCGCACUAGCUAUUCCCACCAUGCCCGGACCAGCGGCCGCGUGGCUGUGGAGGAAAUAGACAUGGCAGGGAAGUUUGUCCGCCUGAGGAACAAGUCGAAUGAGGACCAGUCCCUGGGAAACUGGCAGAUCAAGCGCCAGAAUGGAGAUGAGGCCCCCAUCUCCUACAGGUUCCCCCCCAAGUUCACCUUGAAGGCAGGCCAGUUGGUUACGAUCUGGGCCUCUGGUGCCGGGGUGACCCACAACCCUCCCAGUGAUAUGGUGUGGAAAAAUCAGAGCUCGUGGGGAACUGGAGACAGCUUGCGCACCGCUCUGCUCACCUCUACUGGAGAGGAAGUGGCCAUGCGGAAGCUGGUGCGCACCGUGAUUGUCAAUGACGACGACGAAGAUGAGGAGGAUGAAGAUGGGCGCCACCACCACCACCACCAUAGCCACUGCAGCGGCUCUGGCGACCCAGGCGAGUACAACCUGCGUUCCCGCACUGUGCUUUGCGGCACGUGCGGGCAGCCGGCAGACAAGGGGGCCAGUACCACCAACGCUGCGACCGGCACCAUGUCCUCUGGCUCUUCCUCUUCCAGCCUCACCAUCACACGCAGCUACCGUACCGGAGGCAGCGGCCUUGGGGAAAGCCUGCUCCCCCGGACCUACAUCCUGGGCAAUUCCAGCCCACGCCAGCAGGGCCCUCAAAACUGCAGCAUCAUGUAAACCUGCCGCUGUUCCCCGACAACGCUCACAGCCUGCUAGACAAAAAGCAACUUAUUCCUUACAUGCACAGAAGAAACGUUUAUAAAAGGAGUUAUUUUCUACUGCAGGAAUUUAUACUUUAUUAUUACAUAUCGAGAUAU